GCUGCUUCUCCCUCUAUUCACCCCAGACCCAUCAUCUUUGGGUGUAGCGGUAGUCAAUACGCAUGCACGAUGCCUCAGCUAGAAGCUACGUUGGAUGAAAAAAACAGGAAACAAGUGCAAGAAUGUGAGAAUCAGCAGCAGCAAAUAAGGGAUCUGGUCAACAACAAACGAAAAUUCACUGAUAAUGAACGUGGCGCGCUCAACAUCACAACCAUUGAAGCGUUCCAGAGCUACUGGGAUACGACCCUUAACGAGAAAAUGCAAUUCGACAAAAGCCGCGAAAAAGGUGUCGCCCGCGCUGGUAAAAAAGUCACCAAUGGACUAGCAUCAGCUCAAGAGAUCGUGGAAAAUUUUAACCCGCUCAUGGAAAUCGUCAAAAGCCUUGGGGCACCGUUUGGGGGUAUGGCACUGGGCACCCUCUGUUUCGUACUCGUGAUCGCAAAGAACCGAGUGAAGAGAGAAGACCUGAUCAACUCCACACUACUCGACAUUCAAAAUCGAUUACCUGGAUUCCGGAUGUAUCAGAAUAUGCACAUGGGAAACACGGAACUGGAGUAUGAACUGCAGUCGACAAUUGUGGGUGCCUACAAGACCUUCAUUGACUUUUCAUUGGAGGUAUCCCGGUUUUAUUCCCAGAAAGGAAUCACACGAUGGUUAAAGGUUUUUAGCAAUACAGGCAAGAUAGAAAUCACGGCCUCGGCUGUGGGGAACGCGAUUCUAGAUGUCAGACGUAUCUGCGAUGAGCUGGUUGACCAGAAUAUUCAUGAGAUCAAGAUUCAGAACGAGGUACUCAUCCGUAUCGGAGAAGAGCAUAUGAAAACAAUCAACGAACUUUUGGAAAGGCAAUACACGGAGAAGCUGGACAGAUUGAGGAUUGCUCUUCGAAUGGAUCGCUAUUCAGCAGAGGACCUUCAAGAUCAGCUCAUAACGCGAACAAAAGGCGUAGCAAGAGAAUAUGAGGCCUCGAAAGCUCUGGAAAGUGUCGAACGAAGCGGCGCAUUCAGAAGCUGGCUUUUGUCCCAUACGUCACAAAUGUUCGUUUUAUCGGGGCGGAACGAUCGUCAUGCCACACACUGUUGGCUUUCUCCAGUCGCAUUGAAGCUCAUUGCAGACAAGACCGCUCCAGAAGCGGCACAGAACGCUGCAAACAUAUGUAUCUUUGAAAUCCUCAAUCUUCGAAACGAGAAGAAUACUUUCGAACACAUCACUCGUUCAUUGAUCUAUCGGUUACUCCUGAACAGUAAGCACGGACUGGCCGAAGAGGGGAAAGUCGAGAAGCUAGAUAAAGAGAUGGAAAUGUACACGCGCCUAGCCGCAAACCCCAAGGUAGCUGUGUAUCAAAUACAAGAGACACUUUCCAAGAUAAUGGUCCAGAGUCUCACGCUCUUUGAUCCUGGGACAACUGUUUGGAUCAUCCUCGAUCGUGCAGACCAGUGCCGUACAUCUCGAGAAAAGGAAAGCUCGGGUACCAGAAAUCAACAGCAAAAAGCUUUAUUGAGGACUUUAGUUCACGCAGUUGAGGGAUCUUCAAUCGUGUUGAAGAUCUUGGUCGUCGUCAAUGCUACCGAUUGGGACGUGCAAAAACACGCUAACGAUCUCAGACAAAAGAAGGAAGACAGCGUCGUGAUAGAGACGUAUGAGGAUGAGGAUAUCACUUAUGGAGCAGGAGGUUAA